GCGCAUCGCAGACGAGCCGCUGCGCUUCUUUCCUCCAUUCUGCUCCACUUGGGACGCGCCUCGCACUGCCGGCGCACUACCGGCUUUCCACGGCAUCGCUGCCCCACGAGGCGACGUGACACUGCGGCGUGGUGAUCAGAUCAGUCUCCUCCCGGAUCCCCCGCAAAGCCACCUGCCAUGCUGGAUCUGCAUCGGGGGAGAUGCUCCUCUCUCUCUUCCUCCUCUUGUUGUUGUGAUAAACUCCGCUCGGUUGUGGCAGAAUCUCACCGCCAGACUCUACACGCAGCCUGGAUCCUGAGCCUCCAUCAGUGGGCUUAUCACCGGCAAUAAAAAAAGCGACUUUAUUGGUCACAGACAGUGCCUCUACUCUCUGGAUGAGGCGCUGUGCGCUGCUGUAAAUCAAGCCCGGAGCAUCGACGGGAGCACCCGGGUGCAAAGACGAAUGGUUCGGGCAUGGUGCCCACACCCCAGGUGUGCGUAUCCACCUUGGUCACAGUGAGCACGAUGGUGGUGGUGGACCUCUACCUGCUGGAACAAAGCAUGCUGGGAGCUCGCGGGCUGUCGGGGCCUAGUGUGUGGCAGUACAUGGCCGUGUUGCUGGGCGAUGUGGGCUUCUUGCUGGCGCUGCGCUUCGUGUCGGCCGGGGUGGUGUCGGAGGCGCGGUCGUCCCGCCGGGGCUUCGCCAAUGCGCUCUGGUUCCUCUUUCUGUCCCUGCUCCAGCUCAAGCUCUUCUUCGUCUGCCACAACUACAGGCAGGAGCGGCGGCCGCCCGACCCGCUCGCCAGGAAAGUCCUGACGCUCCUACUGUCCAUCUGUCUGCCGUCCCUGUUUCUGAUCCUCACGGGGGCAGACUACAUGACCCCGCAGCGCAGGAAGCAGGAGGUGCGGGGUCGCCUCCUGUGGGUGGUGGUGGACCUGCUGGAUGUGCUGGAUCUGCAGGCCGGGCUGUGGGAGCCCCAAGGAGGGGCGACGGGACCUGAGCAACAGCUGCCUAUCUGGGCCGAGGGCUUGGUUUUCUUUUAUUGCUAUGCCCUUCUGCUUCUGCUACCAUGUGUGGCCCUCACAGAAUUGGGGGCCGUGGGCUUGCCAGGACAGAGGGGCCCCCGUAAGGAGGCUUUGUACCCUUGGCUCAGCCUGUUCACAAUCAACAUCUUCACCCUUGGCCUCAGGGGUGCAGGCAUACUGUGGUACAGGGACCCCCGAGUCUCAAUGGUGUUUCUGGGCAAGAACCUGCUGGCCUUGGCAGUGAAGCUGAGCUCAGCCUGGGAGAGGCACAAGCAAGAGCGCGGUCCGAGGGGGCCCGGGGCGGCGGCUGGAGGCCAACCCGAAGAAUCCGCGCUACUGAGUCAGGGCUCGGAGCAGGGAGAGAGCCAGACUCAAGGGAAAGCCUCCUCAGCUCACUUUCACACGCUGUCUCGCUCACAAAGCGCCACACUCUCCCACGGGAGCCCGGGACACACAGAGUCACCAUUAGCACCCUCUUUCAUCACCCAUGAACUCUAGAUAGACUCCCACACAAAUACAAAGUGUGCAUAAUCUAUGCACACACACAGGCAAAUCCCUGACAAGCCAAACAGAUGGACACAGUGGAUAUAAUGCUGUGAAGCUUGGAUUUAUGCACACUUUUGGAGCAACGUGUUUGUUUGUCUGUUUGUUGGUUUGUCUGUCUGUUUGUUUGCUUGUUUGUUUGUUUGUCUGUUUCUUUGUUUGUUUGUUUGUGGGCGUCAACGCUAAAUCUACUUCAAACCGGAAAAAUUGAUCCAAGAAUGUGAAAAAGUGUUUGCCCCCUUCUCAAAUUUGUAUUUUUUUUAUAGUCUCCCCAUUUUAAUGUUUAAGAUCAUCACAAUAAUGUAAAUAUCAGACAAAGAUAACCCAAAUAAACAUACUGUUUUUAAAUGGGGAUUUUAUUUAUUAAGGGGGGAAAAAAGGACAACACUAACUGACCCUGUGUGAAAAGGUUAUUGCCCCGUCCUUGGUAAGUCACGAAUUAACUGGGGCUAAUCACAUUAUUUUGAAACCUGAGGUUAUUUUCACUGACCACACCCAAGCCUGAUUACCUCCAGACCUGUUGAAUCAAGAAAGAACUUAAAUAGAACCUGUCUGACAAAAUAAAGUAGGCCAAAAGAUCUCAAAAAGCCAAAGGAAAAUGCUUACAAUCCAAAGAAAUUCAAGAACAGGUAAGAAAUAAAACAAUUGACUGUCUUGAAAGGGUUACAAAGCCAUUAUAAAGCUUUAGGACUACGAUGAGAGCAAUUACCCGCAAAUGGAGAAAAUGUGGAACAGUGGUGAAGCUUCCCAAAAGUGGCCGGCCUACAAAGAUUAUCCCAAAAGCAAAAACGACUCAUCCAGGAGGUCACAAAGGAAACCAGGACCGUGAAUGCUGCUCUUUACCAGAAAAUCUUGAAGGAGGAUGUUCGGCCAUCAGUUUGUGACCCGAAGCUCAAGCACACUUGGGCUCCGCAGCAGGACAACGACCCAAAACACCCCAGCAAGUCAACUUCUGAUGGCUUUUUAAAAAAACAAUAUAUAUAUAUAUAUUUGGUUUUUUUUUUUUUUUUUGUUUGUUUUUUUUUAAUUAAG